AAACAAAACAAGGCAGUCGUAGUUUUUUAAAUCAAACUAUAGGCUGAGUGUGUAUAGCUUGGAGCUUCAUAAAUUCAGUUCUGAUUAGAGUUUCUCGCAGUGUACAGCCAUGUACAGUCCCCACAUUGCCCUGAUGUCGGUGGUGCAAGCCGACAGUUCCCGUCACCCGGCCAAGCUGCGCUUCGGGCGCCGGGACUCGGAGACGAGCUUCACGGAUCCCCGCCUGGAGCAGCUGAUCGUGUUCCGGGCCCUGCUGGAGAACCUGCUGCGGCAGAAGACCCACUUUGAGAACGAGGGCGAGGUGGAGCGGCUGCGUCUGGAGAGGUUCCGGAGCGAGGGGGCCAGCGAGCGCCAGCUCCACGUGCAGGAGCAGGUGGUGAAGAAGUCGAAGGUCAUGCUGCCCGGCAUCGUCUUCAAGAUGCGCAACGAGGUGGACAAGCUCCGGCGUUUCCUCAAUGGCCACGAGCAGGGAUUGCGCCAACUGGACGCUGAUCUCUAUGACCAGAGCCGUGAUCUUCUCCAGAAGUGCCAGCACUGCCUGGACACCCUUUGAAUCACUCUCCUCCUCCUAAUCAAUAUUUUGCAUAUGUCUUUUAGCCCGAACUUUAACCCAAAUUGAAUUGUGACCUCAAAAUAAAUUCCAAUUGUAACUGACUA